AUGCCUUCCCAUGGCACUGCGACUCGUAUCCUACACCUCAUCAACGACGGCACAAAGUGGCUGGUCUCUGGGGCAGUAUUUGGCAUCCUCCUGUGGCGUCGCGACAGUGCAACCUGCUGGUGUGUGCUGGGCUCCGUUUGUGCCGCGGCCAGCUGCAAGGCUUUGAAGGUGCUGAUCAAUCAGUCCCGACCCAGCGGUGCACGUAAGAUCGAUCCUGGGAUGCCAUCCUCGCACGCGCAGAGUCUAGGAUUUCUCUCCAUUUCCUUCGCCUUGGAUCUCUCCUUUCCCUUCACCGCACCCCAGCUGCGCCUGGCGAACGGAGACGCCACGCCGUGGCGUUUCGUGGGCGCCGCAGCGUUGGUGCUGGGCGGCGUCUUCGGGACGUGGUUGAGGGUGACCUUGGGCGGCUCGGCUAGAGAUGCGGGUGACGGGACCAUUACGGGACCGCACGUGAAAGAAAUUUGGAAUCAUGGUGAAUGUAUGGGAAUCAUCAUGAAUCAUCUGGCAGAAAGUAAGUUUCAGGUCAGUGAAAUAUUGCAAUUUGCCCAGAUAUGA